CACGGGAUACGGAAGUGUUCAACGUCGUUAGGCAACUGCGUGCAUCAGGCUGUACAAGAAAUAUGGAACAAAAUACUGCAGACAGCAACUUAUCCCAGGUUCGACAUGUGGUCCUUGUCCUGUCUGGAAAAGGAGGUGUGGGGAAAAGUACCAUCACCACUGAACUGGCACUGGCCCUUAGACAAGCAGGCAAGAAGGUUGGUAUCCUCGAUGUGGACCUGUGUGGCCCAAGUAUUCCUCGGAUGUUGAGUGUUGGGCGUCCAGAUGUGCACCAGUGUGACGCAGGCUGGGUGCCAGUCUACACAGAUGCUCAGAAAAGCCUCGCUCUCAUGUCCAUUGGCUUUCUCAUGGAGGACCCUGACGAGGCAGUGGUGUGGAGGGGACCUAAGAAGACAGCUUUGAUAGGGCAGUUUGUGUCAGAUGUGUCCUGGGGAGAGCUGGACGUUCUGCUGGUGGAUACUCCUCCGGGGACAUCAGACGAACAUUUGGCUGUGCUGGAGAACCUGAAGAAGCACAGAGUGGAUGGGGCGGUUCUGGUCACGACUCCACAGGCUGUGUCCACAGGGGAUGUAAGGAGGGAGAUCACCUUUUGUAAGAAGACAGGCGUUCGUAUACUGGGCAUUGUAGAAAACAUGAGUGGAUUUAUUUGCCCACAUUGUUCAGAAUGCAGCAACAUCUUCUCAAAGGGUGGCGGUGAAGAGUUGGCUAAACUCACUGGAUCAGUCUUUCUAGGUUCUGUGCCCUUGGAUCCACAACUGAGCACCAGCACAGAGGAGGGCAAGGACUUCAUGCAGUCAUUCCCAGAAAGUGCCACGUUCAGCGCAAUAAGCAGCAUAUGUGCAACUCUCCUCAAAAGCCUUGAAAUUUGACACUGUAUCUUUGUUUUAUUUUCAAUUGUAUGUUAUCAAAUAUUUUUAUUAACUUAACCAUUAAACAUUAAGUGCAU